UUUUGCUAAAUGAAUAUACGCAAAUAUAUAACUUACAAUUAUAUAAGAUUAUAAUAAGCUCCUAAAGUCCUAACAAAAACAAAAUCCUUGUGUUCUUCUACCAAUAUCAAGCAGGAGCAGGGUGAUCAUGUUGCUGACGUUGAAGCAUUUUCUGUUUGUGUUGCUCGGUGGUUUUGCUCUUUUUAACUUACGCCAAGCCUCAAGAAGUGUUUUGAAAAGUUAUUAGGUCUGAAGUUUCAAAGCGAUCCGGCCGACAUGGGUACAUAAGCUUCACCAGCUGUCUGUACUUGGCUCCCAUUUUUAUUGGUUAGGAGAAAUGGCCGAGUUAUUUAGAUAUAAGAUUAUCAUAACUUAGCUAGCUCUUAACAAAAACAAAAUCCACGUCUUCUUCUACCAAUUAAUUAAGCAGGAAAGUUUGAUCAUGUUGCGGACUUUCAAGCAUUUCUUUUUUGCAUUGCUCGGUGUAUUUGCUCUUCAUGUAACUCUCGCCCAGGAUCAAGAAGGCUUCAUCAGCAUAGAUUGUGGGCGACCUUAUAAUUCAAGCUAUACUGAGAAGAAAACACAGUUAAUUUAUGUUCCAGAUACCAACUUGAUAGACAGUGGUGAAAGUCACUCCAUCUUGUCAGAGUACAAAGAUGACUAUCAACAGCAGCUCUGGUAUCUCAGGAGCUUCCCUCAAGGAAUUAGAAACUGUUACAAAAUAAACAAUAUUAGAAAUGGUACUAAAUAUUUGAUCCGAGCAUCUUUCUUGUAUGGAAAUUAUGAUGGCCAAGAUACAGCACCAGGAUUCGACUUAUAUCUUGGAUCUAAUUUCUGGGACUCAAUAAAGUUGAAAGACGCAGCCAAUUCCCUGGAAAAGGAGAUCAUACAUGUUCUUGUGCAAAACUAUUUACAUGUUUGUCUGGUGAACAGAGGCUUUGGGACUCCAAUUAUAUCAGCCAUUGAAUUAAGGCCUUUGAACCUUUCAUAUUAUAAGGCUCAAACAGGGUCCUUAGCACUAGUCAAUCGGUUCGACACUGGAUCUGAUAACCCAUACAGGUACCCAUACGAUGUCCAUGAUCGCUUUUGGUAUUUGUAUAAUUCCAAUGACAAUUGGUUAAAUAUAAGCACGUCACUCCCUGUCGAGUCUGAUGAUGAUACAUUCCAACUACCAUCUGAUGUGAUGAGCACCGCUGUCACGCCAAAAAGGGCCAACGAUCCCUUGGAAUUUUGGCUUCCAGAUGAUGACAAUACCACUCAAUAUUAUGUGUACAUGCACUUUGCUGAAGUCCAAAAGCUCCAACCCAAUGAAUCUAGAGAAUUUACAGUGUCUCAUGAUGGAGAGCUGUUCAAGCCUCGUUCUCCUGAUUACCUGCAAUCAACAACCGUAUACAGCAGUACUGGUCUAACCGGAGGACAACUUUUCAAAAUCUCCAAGACCGCUAAUUCAACCCUUCCGCCCAUCCUCAAUGCCUUCGAAGUUUAUGCGGUAAAAGAAUUCUUGCAAUCAGAAACCCUUGAUAGAGAUGCUGAUGCCAUGACAAAGCUAAAAUCAAGUUAUGGAAUAAAGAAAAACAGCUGGCAAGGGGACCCAUGUACCCGUGGAUACUUGUGGGACGGUCUAAAUUGUAGUUACGCUGGUUAUGAUCCCCCCACUAUCAUAUACUUGAACUUGUCUUCAAGUGGAUUAACCGGGGAGAUACCUCAUUUCAUAUCCAAUCUCUCCAACAUACAAAUUUUGGACUUAUCAAACAACAGCUUUACAGGAAUAGUACCAGAAUUUCUGUCUUGGUUACCAGAGUUGACGGCUUUACACUUGGAGAAAAACAAUUUUACAGGUUCACUUCCGGUUGGACUACUUCAAAAGUCCAAGGAUGGUUUGCUGUCAAUUAGUAUGGACGAAAAUCAAGAUCCAUGUGCAAUGUCAUUGUCUUGCAAAAAGAAGAAAAACAAAAUCAACAAUUUUGUUAUUCCCAUAGUUGCAUCGGUUGGUGGAAUUUUUGUUCUCCUAUUAACCGCUUCGGCUAUUCGGUGGGGCCUUAAAAGAAAACAGCGUGAUACAAAAUCAUUAUCUCAAAAUGGGCCGUUGGAAUCUGUAAAACGGCAAUUUACAUACAAUGAAAUAGCGGAAAUUACCAACAACUUUGACAAGAGUAUUGGUAAGGGCUCAUUCGGAACUGUUUACCGUGGAAAGCUAGGUAACACUCAAGUAGCCGUGAAAAUGCUGUCCGAAUCAUCAGUUCAAGGGUAUCGAGAAUUUCUUACUGAGGUUCAGCUUCUCAUGAGAGUUCAUCAUAGAAACUUAACAAGCCUUGUUGGAUACUGCAAUGCUGAAACCAGCUUAGGGCUCAUGUACGAGUACAUGGCCAAAGGAAACUUACAAGAAGUUCUCUCAGGUAAGAGUACUUCAGAAACAUUGAAUUGGGAAGACAGACUUCGAAUUACAAUGGAGGCAGCACAAGGACUAGAGUAUCUGCACUACGGCUGUAGGCCUCCCAUAAUCCACAGAGAUGUAAAAACUACAAACAUUUUGUUAGAUAAAUAUAUGCUAGCCAAACUUUCUGAUUUUGGUAUAUCCAAAACAUUCCCUACCGAUACAAGGACUCAUAUGACAACAGAAGUUGUUGGCACUCCCGGAUACCUUGACCCUGAGUACUACCGAUCAUACAGGUUAAAUGAGAAAAGUGAUGUUUAUAGCUUUGGGGUUGUAAUGUUAGAGAUAAUCACAGGUCGGCCUCCCUUUCUUCAUAAAUUCCAAGAGAAGAUUCACAUUAGUGACUGGGUUACUUUCAUGCUUGAAAGAGGGGAUAUGACAAGUAUUGUUGAUGCGAGAUUAGAGGGAAAUUUUGACACCAGCUCUGCCUGGAAAGCUAUGGAAAUUGCGAUGAACUGUGUAUCUUCCAAGCCCACCCAAAGGCCAACCAUGAAUCAAGUGGUGGCUGAACUAAAGGAGUGUUUGGCUACAAGAAACGAUAACGCCCAUACUGAAUCAAGAGAAAAUUCCAUUGAGCUGAGUCCCUCAGCAAGGUAGUAGGUAAUAACUAGCUCGUAUAUUUGCACUUUUUAUGGGGUACUUUUUUCUUCUUAAUUUUGUGAAUGCUUUUUUACUUGAUCGAUAAUCAAGCAGGACCCACAUCACAAAAUCUCGUACAUGAUGUGAUAGUCUCUUUCCCAUGGAUACUUUCCUUUGUCUCAAACUUUAUAGAUAUUUUAUAUGUACUAAUUAAUACUAUAGUACUCGGUGCCCACCAUUUUCAUAUAUAAAUUAUGAUUAGAAAUUA